GACUCUUUCAAAACCCCAACAUUCUGCCAAAACCUGAGAGAGAAACCGAGAGAGAACAAUCGAGAAAUCGGAUCGAGAUCGAGGUUUAGUUUCAUUGAAGAUUACCAGUUAAAGAUAUGGCAGGAAAUGUGGUACAGCUGUCGUUCAAAGGGCUACACUUAGGCACAAUGAAUUGUGUUGGUGCUCCUGUGAGAGUACCUCGCCAUGUAACUGUAGAGCGAGGGUUUAGGCCUGAGUAUGCGCACCAAUUCACGAUGGUUCCAGUUACGACCAGUCUUUCUUAUCCUUUGUUCCUGGAAGGAGUGCGGCGUAAGACUGCUAUUUCGGAUGUUGGAUAUAUUAGAUUGUGUAUAAAAGCUAAUCCUGAUGGUGGGAUGUCACUCCUAGUUUAUUAUCAAAUUUCUGACCCCUACUUUUGGGACAACACUUAUAACAAUGCAGACUUGGAGCAUUUGCUGUUAUUAGGAAAAACAUACUCCGGUGCGGAGUUACUUGGAGCUUUUGCUCACAUUGUCGACAACUCAAGAGAUGCUUCAGCGACAAGAGUUAACAUUUCAGUCGCCUCUUUUAUGAAGCUAAAAAUGGAACAGAUAUUCCAGUCCUAUCAUUUUUGGAUGAUGGGGUUGGUAUGACAUUCCCUAGGUUAAAAGAAAUGUUAUCUUUUACGAACGUCCCAGUACCAGCUCAAGAUAAUACAACAAAUUCUUUGGUAAAUCUUUUAAGGAAGCUGCAUUGUCACUUGGUCUCAAUAUAUUAGUAAUUAGUCAAACAAGUGGAUCAAGAAGCAUCGGUUUCCUGUCCCAAUCGCUAAACCGAGAUAACAAGGAGUUCAUUGAAAUUCCACUUUUAGGCUUUUGGAGAUCUGAGCAGGCAAUGGUAUUGGAUGAGAGUUUACACCCUAAAACGGCUAGUGAGAAGAGUCUGAAUCUCUUAAAAGAUCAUACCCCGUUUGAUGAGUUCUCUUUGGGAGGAUUAUUUGAGAAGUUCGGUAAUGGAAGCGGUACACGUAUUCUUAUUUGGAAUUUCGCCAAAGAUAGAGUGACAGGAGAAGAUGCUCUGCGAUGGAUUGAAAGUGACAUUGUGAUCUGCAGCAACAGUUCUAGCCGUCCCGAUUGCUCACUUACAUCAUUCUUGAAGUUCUUGUAUAGAGAAUCAACAAUGAAUAUAUCCAUUCAAGGGCUCUAUGUUCUCAAUUUCUCUUGGGAAAACAGUUUAACAAGAAAGGAAACGAUGGAUGACUUGGUGAUGGGAAGUCAGAUACAGGUUACGUUUGGAUUUUCUGAGACAGAUUGUGUAGAAAACAACUGUGGUGUGCUGAUAUACUGGAAUGGAAGAUUAAUCGAGGCUCAUAAAAAGGUGGGGAAUAUGCAAAGUGGCUGCAGUCGAGGAGUGAUUGGCGCUGUUGAAGUCUCGCACUUCAUGCCUAAGCAGAAUAUACAUAUACUGCAAUCUAAACAACAAUUCCGCCACUGCUAUGCUUACGAUCAGUUGGAGGAGAGCUUAGAAAGAUCUUAUAACAAUUAUGCGGCACGAAACUUAACCCCGGAGGAAAUGAAUAACACUCCGACCAGAUCCGAUGACCCUCUAUUUGAAUGGGUGCACUGCGAUAAGUGCGGAAAGUGGAGGAGGCUGCACCCAUCUGUAGACAAAAAUUAUCUACCCAAAAAUUGGUUUUGCCCUGAUUUCCCGUACCUAGGAUCAUGUAAAGAAAAAGAAGAAAAAGAGGUAGAUGGCGAGUACAUGAUUCAAAUUGAUGAUCCAAUGCCAAGAUGAAGGAGGACAGGUCCUUGUUGAAGUAAAGAUAACAUGCAACAUAGAUUCUCUGGAACAUAGAACUUGCAACAUACAAAUAGCAAGAAAACUCUAAUGAAGAAGGAUUCGCAGCAGAAUCAACAAACACCGAGUUGAUUGACGAUAGUCUUGAACUGUUAGACUUAUUUACUUAUUCCAGAGUUUUUAAUUGUAAUCCCCUAGGGUUUAAAUGGCAGCCAAAACUUGUUACUAUUGCUUCUAAUUAUGCAGCAUCCAUUAGGGAUGAUAAUACUGCAACUCUGCACCUGAAUUGUAAUGUUUCUCCCAGCCUAACUAUUCCUCAGGUCCUGGACUGGAGGACUUUGUGUUUUCUUUUCUGUACUUUUCAAGUUUUUUUUUUUCUUUUGCGAGAAUUGGAACAUCGGCUUUAUCUCUUCCUCUUAGUACUGCAGAUCAAUUAUAAGGAUAUAACAAUAAGUGAGUUUGGGUUUGUUUUCUCACCCCCAUUAGCAAAUACAUAAAUAGAAUCAAUUGAAAAAAA